UCUGUUUGGAGGGGUAGUAGACAACAGGAAAUUUCCCCAUUCUUCUCCGAACCCUAGCUCCCCGCUCCCCGCUCCCCGCUCCUCACGCCUCUCGCCGUCGCCGUCCCGCCGAACCCAUGGCUAAGACGCGUCCGCCCAAGAAGAUCCUCGAGUCCUACACCAUCAAGGGGUCUGACAAAGUCAUCAAGCCUGGGGACUGUGUGCUAAUGAGAUCAGCUGAUACAUCAAAGCCACCGUAUGUGGCAAAAGUCGAGUCCAUUGAGGCAACAGGGUCUCGAGGCACAAAUGUGAGAGUACGGGUUCGAUGGUACUAUCGUCCAGAAGAAUCCAUUGGUGGGAGGCGACCAUUUCAUGGUUCCAAAGAGGUAUUCCUCUCUGACCACUAUGAUGUACAGAGUGCUGACACAAUAGAGGGAAAAUGCAAUGUCCACAGCUUCCGUAGCUACACAAAGCUUGAUUCUGUGAAUGCCGAGGACUUCUUCUGUCGCUUUGACUACAAAUCAGCAUCCGGCAGUUUCGUGCCCGACCGUAUAGCUGUGUUUUGCAAGUGUGAGAUGCCGUACAAUCCUGAUGACCUUAUGAUCCAAUGUGAGGAAUGCUCUGACUGGUUUCACCCUUCUUGUAUUGGAAUGACCAUUAAAGAAGCAAAGAAACGAGAACACUUCUUCUGCCAGAGCUGUACUGCUGAAAAUGGGAAGACAACUGAGAAUUCUCAUGAAGCCACGGCACAGUCAGAAGAAAGGCCGGUGGAGUCGAAAAGGCGGAGAAGGUGAUGGGCUGGAUUAAUUUGAUGGAAUUUCCACACGGAUAUACAAACUACAUAGCCUUCUAGUCUGAGGUCUGUGGUGUUGUUUGUGGCAGUCUGUGACCCCUUCUAAUGUCAGGCAUGCAGUGUACAUAACUUGUAACCUGAGAUUGUUGUAUUAGGAGAAAAUAGAAUUUGGACGCUAGUGUCAGAGUUUGAGCAGUAUGGUACCAUCAAGAUCCCUUGUGAUCUUCCCUCAAAAAAGAAAAAAAAAAUCCUUUGUGAUCCAUUAUGCUGUGGGGCCUGACCAGCCUUUUACGUUUGUGAGAGUCGAAUCUUGUGUUGCCAUGUGGAAUGUUUUGUGUCUUUGUUUCGGAGCAA